AUGAGCAGUAAAGUAGCUUCAUCAUUCGUUGGAACCCCUCCUUUCGAUUCAUAUUAUUCGGAUAAACUUAGUGAACUUUUUCCAUCAAUACAAUGGAAAAGCCUCACAACAGAAAAAUAUCAUAUUAGCACAGAACAAGUUAGUGGUAUUUAUCAGGAAAUAGUGUAG